AUGUCGAAGCGAGCAAAUCGCGCUAAGGAUCCCUGUACAGGCUCCGUAUCAGAUGCGGCUCUUGGUCGAAUGGUGUGUUGCGAUAGUUGUGGUGAUUGGUUUCAUUUUGAGUGUGUAGGCGUAGACGAGAGCGUAGAAAAUGUGGACUGGAACUGCAAAGAUUGCGGAGCAAAACGUGCAGCUCGGGGCACAACUAGUUCAUCGACGUCGGUGGCACCAACGAACACAAAUCCCACAUCACUGGGCACAAUUCCGAAACACCUAGAGGAGUUUCAGGCUUUGAAGAAGCAAAUGGAGAGUUUGCAGGAGCUGAUUGGAGAGCAGAAGGAAUCGUACGAGCGUUUGCUGAGAAUUCGAGAACAGGAACAGAGAAAGGUUUUAAAACAGCAACAAAAAAGUUUCGAAAAGCAACUGAAAAUAAUGGAGCAACAAUUAGCAUCCCGACUACAGGUACCGAACAUAAUGCCGAAUGCGAACUCGACGACCAUCACAGAUGUCCCUGAAAAUCGUCGGAAUACUGUAGGAGAAGCUAGGACAAAUGUAGAGCUGCAGCUUUCAGUUUUGGCUGAAAAGCAGGCGCUUGAAAUGAAGCACCUCGAGGAACGGGUCAAAGUAUUGCAGAUAAAUAACGACGACCUAAACAGACCCGGAAAUGGCGCCACGAGAUUAGAUCCUGGAGCACAGGAUUUUUUCCCGGCGAUUGACCCGUUUCGGGCUUCAUAUUCAUCACACGAUCUGAGCAGGAGUCAGCUAGCCGCGCGUCAAGCAGUGGCAAAGGAGCUUCCAACGUUCACGGGUGUAUCAGAGGAGUGGCCAUUGUUUAUUGCCACCUACGAAAGCACUACUCGUAUGUGCGGAUACAGCGACGAGGAGAACUUACUUCGCUUGCAACGUAGUCUGAGGGGAAAAGCCCUUGAAGCCGUUCGAAGCCGGCUUCUGUACCCGACAGGAUUAACUGGAGUAAUUCAAACGUUGCUUAUGCUAUUUGGACGGCCGGAGGUAAUAAUUCAUUCGUUGGUGAGCCGGAUUCGGAACAUGCCUUCGCCGAAGGCGGAAAAGCUUGCAACGCUCAUCGACUUUGGAGUAGCAGUCCAAAACAUGUGCGCGACGAUUAGGGCCUGCGGACUGGAAGAGCAAUUGUGCAACGUAGCGUUACUCCAAGAGUUAGUCGAUCGGUUGCCGCCAACGAUCAAGCUCAAUUGGGCCUUGCAUCGACAAACAUUGAGAUCCGUCACACUGUCAGACUUCGGGGCAUGGCUGGAAAAGCUAGUAGAGGCAGUGUGUGUGGUUACUAUACCCUCUAACACACCGACUAGUACAAUGAAGGCGGAGAAACGAACCAGGAAAGAGGACUUGAAUGUGCAUUUAGAAUCUGACAUAGACCCAUCGUUGAAAGUCGUUCGUAAGCCAACGAACAAAGAAUGUGUCAUCUGUCAGGAAAGCUGCGGUAGUGCAGCCGCGUGCAAGAAGUUCCAAAAUCUCGAUGUUAGUGCCCGCUGGGCAGCUCUGAAACAACACAAGCUAUGUCGCAAAUGUUUGAAGAAGCAUUUUGGAGCCUGUGACUUGAAGAAUCCGUGUGGGAAGCAUGGAUGCUCAUAUAUGCAUCAUGAGCUGUUGCAUGACGACUCAAGGUAUAAAACAAGUGUUUUUCCGAGGACGAUACAAUCAGGUGAGCGGGAAUCAUCUCAGAACUGCAACACGCACGUCAGCGAGACUGGAAGAAUUCUCUUCCGAUAUGUUCCAGUAACAAUACAUGGUCGUGGCGUUUCGGUCAAGACGUACGCCUAUCUGGACGAUGGUUCGUCAGCGACGUUGAUGGAGCAUAGCCUAUUUAAGGAACUGAAGUUGGAGGGAAAAUCCCACCCUCUCUGUCUGAACUGGACGGCGGAUCAGCAUCGUGAAGAGAAAGACUCUGUGAAGCUAUCAGUGGAGAUUUCAGGAGUUGGUUGCAGUAACAAGCGGUAUCGAAUCCCGAAGGUGCACACAGUACGUCGUCUCGCAUUGCCACGUCAAACUAUGAACAUCGACGAACUCGCAACAGAAUUUAAAUACCUUGAGGGUUUAUCUAUCGAUUCAUACAGGAAUGUUUCUCCGAGACUACUCAUCGGAAUCGACAAUUGCCGGCUGGGCCACGCGUUGCGUAGUCGCGAAGGACAAGAAGAUGAACCCGUAGCUAGUCGGACACGACUUGGUUGGCUAGUGUACGGGCCGUGCUCAAAGUCAACUGGACAUGCAAAUGUGAAUUAUUCAGCUUACCACAGCUUCCACAUCUGUCCGUGCAGUGAACACUGUGAUGCAGAGCUGCAUAAGCCAGUGAAGGAUUACUUUUCGUUGGAGAACGUAGGUGUUAAGUCGGAGAAGCCACCUUUGUCAAACGAUGACAAUCGCGCAAUGCAAAUUUUGAAGUCGCAAACUAGGCUGAAGGGUGACCGUUAUGAAUCGUACAAGGACGUUCAUCUGCCUAACAGCAAACAAAUGGCCAUGAAGAGGUUGUUAUGUCUGGAGAAGAAGUUAUUGAAGGAGCCUAACCUAGCGGAGGCGUUCGCCAAGAAGCUUCGUGAGUACGAGCAGAAAGGAUACAUAAGAAAGUUAUCGCCUGCUGAGCUCGACACUAGAUAUCCUCGAUCGUGGUUUCUGCCAAUAUUCCCUGUCCAAAAUCCAAAUAAACCUGGCAAGCUUCGCAUCGUUUGGGAUGCAGCCGCUACAGUCAACGGUAUAUCGUUGAACUCCAUGCUGUUGAAGGGCCCAGACAUGCUGACAUCUAUCGUGAUGGUGCUUUAA